CGGAGGAGCGAAGGCACAAGGAUAAACAGACAGGAGAACCAUAAACAUGACGCUUAGACAAAAUAGUAUUUAAUGAUUCGCUGAUAUGAGCUGGAAUCCCUUCAAGAAGGCAAAGCCACCUCCAAAGCAAUCGGGUGAUAGAGAGUUUGAGAGAGAAGUUGCAAAAUUCAACCAGUUAGAAGGUGCAACAAAGAAGAUUUACAAAGACACCAGAAAACAUGGAGAAGCACUCUCAGCGCUGUCAAAAGCUGAACUGCGUAUUUAUCAGGAUCUUGCUGCGAGUCCAGUUUCUCAGGGUGACCUGUUUCGGGAACCUCUUCAGGAGUGUACAGCCUGUGCAGAGAGGUUAGAUGAGCUUAGACAAGAACUGGCAAGUAGAAAUCAGAAGACAGUGGCAGAUCCUAUGAAAAAGUUCAGUGGUGUGUUUCCUAGUGUGAAUGCUGCAAUAAAAAGAAGAGAUCAAGCACUGCAGGAUUACCAGAAGUACCAAGCUAAGGUGCUGAAGCUUCAAGAAAGAGAAAAAACUCCUCAAAAUCAAGCUAAACUGGAUGCGAAUAAUCAAGCGCUUGCAGCAGCAAAACUGGAUUAUGAAAGACAAAACGCCGUCAUGUUGGAGGAUUUGCCUCAACUGAUAGAGGGAAGAAUAGACUACUUUGAGCCAUCAUUUGAAGCCAUGAUCCGGUCAGGGGUAAGACAAAUUGCUGUCGUUAAUAUUAUGUUAGAGUAAGAUGACGAUAAUCUGAGCAAUUUUGAAACAGCACCCUAGAGGCAAACCUAAGCCCUAAAUCUCCGGGGUGCUCUUCGGAAAUUUGGAAAAGAACCCCCAAGAGG